UUCGUGUGUGUUGGUGUUGCGUUAAUAAAAAAGUGUAAAUACUUAAGAAAAUUAAGAGUUGACAAAGCGAAAAAGUCAUUACGGGCUGUACGUCAACGUUAAACGAACAAUGCAAAAUCAAAUAUGUUUUCCACUGCAUACCGGAAAAUAAACAAAUACAAGAAGCAUAAAGUAUGCGGAAAAUUAAAUACAAAAGGAGCAUUUAAGUGUUGCGUGUGAAAGUAAAGCAAAAGCGAAGAGAAAAAGAGGAGCAAAAGAAAGCGAGAAAAUAAGCGUUUUGUGUGCUUGUCGUCAAACAAAAAUUUUAUGUUAAAAUUACUAAUACAAAUCUUCGUUGCAUUUAUAAACUGAUAAAACUAAAAACACACACCGCAUACAGUGGGAUAAAACGACAAGAUUGCAAAAAAACAAAUACCCAACAACUUGACAACUUGUAAAUGCACCAGUUAAUAAUAAUUAUAAAUAAUUAUAUAUACAUGCAUAUGUAACCAACUACACACGUUCCUUAAAACUAAUGUUUUCCAAACGCCGCAACUAAAUCAAACGAUAAACUGAUAAAACCGACACAUCGUAAAGCAACGGAAACAUGACCUCAUAAAAGCAUAACCACAUAGGAAUUAUACAUAAAUACAUACAUACAUACAUACAAACAAAACAUACAUAAAUACUACUUACAUGCAUAAAUUAUAUAUCCAAAACGACACCGAUUUCAAAUAAACUGCAGCAGGGAAACAAUACGACAAACAGCAAAGAAUAGAAGAUCAAAACAUUUUUCUUAUUCAAAAUUUAGAGCUAGUGAACAUAUAACGACCACACAGAUUUAUUUGAUUAACAUACAUUAACAAGAAGAAAAGCGGAACAACAGAAGAGCAGAAGCACGUUUGGAUAAUCAUCUCGUCCGUCAUAAACUGCAACGUCGUCGACUAUUUACAAUUAGGUUUAUUCAUGUCUCCCAUCCGAACACAACACGACCGAUGGAUUGAUGCAUAUUUAUAAAGAGCUGGAAUACUACGUGAAUAAAUUUGUACUCGUCAUUGACAAAGAGAUACGUCAAAGUCUGUUUAAGAAUAUGGUCAUCACAGUACUGAGAAUCGUUAACGGAAUAGAAUAGACAAACAAGAGAGAGAGAGAGAUCCCUUAAGGGAGUGGAGUGUAAGCAAUAGAGCCAAAGAGAGCCACAGUGUCGUAGGAAACAGCGAGGAACGCCAAAGUACAAAUGCUCACGAGCAAAUAAGUAAAUUGAAAUUAAAAACAUUCAACAAUUAUAUAGGACAAACAACUAGACAACAACAACACUAACGCAAGCCUAAAGCACGCCUGUAUGAGACAAAAUACAAAAACAACAACACCAAAAUCGAACUAAUUUAGAUCAAGUGGGGACGCAACUACCAGAGCAGCAGGAUAAUCCGGCAACUGAAAGAUAUACGCACGUCACGGAGCGUAGCACAGGAUCUGCAGUACGCGUAAGCGUCCUUAAAUCCAGUUAGCAUGGAGUGCUGUUUAUCGGAAGAAGCCAAGGAACAAAAGCGGAUCAAUCAGGAAAUCGAGAAACAGCUGCGCCGCGACAAGCGAGAUGCGCGACGUGAGCUCAAGCUCCUCCUACUGGGCACGGGCGAGUCCGGCAAAUCAACGUUCAUCAAACAGAUGCGUAUUAUACACGGCAGCGGGUACUCGGACGAUGACAAACGUGGAUACAUUAAACUGGUUUUCCAAAACAUAUUCAUGGCCAUGCAGUCCAUGAUCAAAGCCAUGGAUAUGCUCAAAAUAUCAUAUGGUGUUGGCGAGCAUAACGGACUUGCUGAUCUGGUGAUGAGCAUUGACUAUGAAACAGUGACAACAUUUGAUGAUCCAUAUUUGAAUGCCAUAAAAACGCUUUGGUCCGAUGCUGGCAUACAGGAAUGUUACGAUCGCCGAAGAGAAUAUCAGUUGACAGAUUCCGCUAAAUAUUAUCUGAUGGAUCUCGAUCGUGUGGCUCAACCUGACUAUUUACCCACUGAGCAAGACAUUUUAAGAGUUCGUGUGCCGACAACGGGGAUCAUUGAGUAUCCCUUUGACUUAGAAGAGAUCAGAUUUAGAAUGGUUGAUGUCGGCGGUCAGCGUUCGGAGCGAAGAAAGUGGAUUCAUUGCUUUGAGAAUGUUACCUCAAUAAUCUUUUUGGUAGCGCUAUCUGAAUACGAUCAAAUUUUGUUUGAAUCUGAUAAUGAGAACCGCAUGGAGGAAUCAAAAGCUUUAUUUAGAACUAUUAUAACAUACCCGUGGUUCCAAAAUUCAUCAGUUAUUCUAUUUCUUAACAAGAAAGAUUUGUUAGAGGAGAAAAUAAUGUAUUCGCAUUUGGUGGACUAUUUUCCUGAAUACGAUGGUCCACAGCGAGAUGCAAUAGCAGCCCGUGAAUUCAUACUGCGCAUGUUUGUAGACUUAAAUCCAGAUUCCGAAAAGAUUAUCUAUUCUCAUUUCACCUGUGCUACGGAUACUGAAAAUAUAAGGUUUGUGUUUGCAGCUGUAAAGGACACGAUUCUGCAAUCCAAUCUUAAGGAAUACAAUUUGGUCUAAACUGGAUUUGGAUCAGAAAACUAUUUUUGUGAUUUUUAUUAUACAUAU